AUGUCUGUGAAGAGGAAAGCAGAAGGAGCGAUCCCGGCUGAGGAGAGCGACCAGCUUCUUAUCAGACCUCUAGGAGCUGGACAAGAAGUUGGAAGAUCAUGUAUUAUUUUAGAAUUCAAAGGAAGAAAAAUUAUGCUGGACUGUGGGAUUCACCCUGGCUUAGAAGGAAUGGAUGCCCUACCAUAUAUUGAUUUGAUUGAUCCUGCAGAGAUUGAUUUACUUCUAAUUAGUCAUUUCCAUUUGGAUCACUGUGGAGCUCUACCUUGGUUUCUCCAGAAGACCAGCUUUAAAGGCAGAACCUUUAUGACGCAUGCCACUAAGGCGAUAUACCGAUGGCUUUUGUCUGAUUAUGUAAAAGUCAGUAAUAUCUCUGCAGACGACAUGCUAUAUACAGAGACUGACUUGGAGGAAAGCAUGGACAAAAUCGAGACUAUCAAUUUCCAUGAAGUGAAAGAAGUAGCUGGAAUAAAGUUCUGGUGCUACCAUGCUGGCCAUGUUUUGGGAGCUGCCAUGUUUAUGAUAGAAAUUGCAGGUGUUAAAUUGCUGUACACUGGUGAUUUCUCCAGACAAGAGGACAGACAUCUAAUGGCAGCUGAAAUCCCAAAUAUCAAGCCAGAUAUUCUUAUUAUUGAGUCCACAUAUGGCACACACAUACAUGAAAAGCGAGAGGAGAGGGAAGCACGCUUCUGUAACACUGUGCAUGAUAUUGUAAACCGAGGAGGAAGAGCUCUCAUCCCUGUGUUUGCUUUGGGGAGAGCACAGGAGCUUCUGUUGAUAUUAGAUGAAUACUGGCAGAAUCACCCUGAGCUCCAUGACAUCCCUAUCUACUAUGCCUCUUCCCUGGCAAAGAAAUGUAUGGCCGUCUACCAGACUUAUGUCAAUGCCAUGAACGACAAAAUCCGCAAACAGAUCAACAUCAACAACCCCUUUGUCUUUAAACACAUCAGCAAUCUCAAGAGCAUGGAUCAUUUUGAUGACAUUGGGCCCAGUGUGGUUAUGGCAUCCCCUGGUAUGAUGCAGAGUGGUCUAUCCCGUGAGCUGUUUGAGAGCUGGUGUACAGACAAGAGGAAUGGAGUCAUUAUCGCCGGAUACUGUGUAGAAGGCACCCUGGCAAAACAUAUCAUGUCUGAGCCUGAGGAAGUCACCACCAUGUCUGGGCAGAAGCUACCUUUGAAAAUGUCUGUAGAUUACAUCUCAUUCUCAGCACAUACAGACUACCAACAGACCAGUGAGUUCAUCAGGGCCCUCAAACCUCCCCAUGUGAUCUUGGUACAUGGGGAACAGAAUGAAAUGGCCCGUCUUAAAGCUGCAAUUAUCCGGGAAUAUGAAGACAAUGAGGAAGUUGACAUUGAGGUUCACAACCCCAGAAACACAGAAGCUGUGUCUCUAAACUUCAGAGGAGAGAAGCUAGCUAAGGUGAUGGGCAGUCUUGCAGAUAAGAAACCAGAACAAGGUCAAAGGAUUUCGGGUAUCCUUGUUAAGAGAAACUUUAACUAUCACAUCCUUUCUCCAAGUGACCUUUCCAGUUACACUGACCUGGCCAUGAGUACUGUAACCCAGACACAAGCCAUUCCAUAUACUGGCCCCUUUAACUUGUUAUCUUACCAGUUACAGCAGCUCACGGGGGAAGUGGAGGAGAUUGAAAUGAAUGAUAAGGACUGUUUAAGAGUCUUUAAAGCAAUCACUUUGAUAAAGGAACAAGGCAUGGUGAUGCUGGAGUGGGUGGCCAAUCCGACGAAUGAUAUGUAUGCGGACACUGUUGCCAGUGUCAUCCUGGAACUGCAGUCCAACCCCCGGUCACAUAAAGCUGCGUCACACAGAUCUAGUAAAGAAGUUGAAAAGGAAGCCUACUAUAAAAGACUGGAGAUCAUGCUGCAGGAUAUGUUUGGUGAGGAGUGUGUGAGUAAUAACAAUGGCUCCACCAUCACCGUGACUGUGGAUGGUAAGACGGCCGUCUUAUCUCUGGAAACAAGGGUAGGUGGUUUAUAA